GAGCUUAUAUUACGUAUGUACCCUCCAUUGUUGUAGCCGGCAGCAGCUCUGGGCAAGAGAUUUCAUGGAAGAACUGACCGAAGAAGAGAGAAAAGCCCUUCGGGGAAGCAAAUUCGCUCCUCUUCCUCCCGCCGCUCCGGCCCGUCCUCCGAUCAGGCAGGCUCAUCCGGGCGGGCCGUUGAAGACGAACAAGGCUGCUGCAUUGGCGAAAUUUCUGGAAAGAAAACUGCAGGAGCCGAAUGGAUUGUCUUCUGUUGAUCCAAGACUUGUCGAACUCGCUGUGAAAAAUGCUAAAGAGACUGUCCAAUCUAGUGGAACAUCGAGUUCAGGAAGAGUAAUUCGUCACGUGGAUUCUUUUGGUGAUUAUGAGGAUUCUUCUGAAGGGGAAGACGUAAAAGUUUGUGUGGGUAAAAAACAGAAGAAGAAGAAGAAGCUGAAAAAGAAGACGAAGAAGAAAGAAAAAGAAAGCAAAAUACACAAGAAGUCGGACCGUUGUGACGGCGAAUAUACGAAAAAAUCCAAAAAGAAGCAGAAGCUAUGACAAAUUUUUUGGUUUUCCUUUUUUUUUUGCGAGGAAAGAAAGAUUUGAACUCUUCUGGAUGCAAUACAAUAGGAAUUGAAUUUUUUAAACCAUGGGAAAAAUGUACCUAAUUGGUGCCAUGAAAAUCUUAACAAUUGAUUCUGAUGGAAAUUUUAACUCGCAAAUGCAAAUAGAAAUAUAAAUUAUGAAUCAUAAAAUACUCUGUAUAGG